AUGGAUUAUCAUUAAAUGAAUCAGAGACUUUCUUAGUUUCUUGUGGUUUAGAUUAAUAAAUAAUAACUUGGAAGAAAUCAAAAGAAAAUAUUUGGGAGUUUUAUUAAAUUGUUAAAUAAUCAAUAAAUGAACUAGGAUAAACUAUCUAUUUUAUUAAAGAGAAUCAAUUUAUUUGGAUAGGUGGAAGUCUAAAUGGAAAAGAUUGUCUAANGAAAUCUAUAAAAGAAAAUCACAUUUAUUUCUUAGAAGAAGGAACAAUUAAAUAAAUUAUACGAUUUUAUAGAUUAAUGGAAAUCAACAAUUAAUUAAACUAUUGAUUCAAUCAUUAUAGAAUUAAAUUAUUGGAUGGAUAUUCUUAUUACUAAAUAAUAAGAUAAUUCUACAUUUAAUUUUAUAGAAGAAUUACAUAAUUAUAUUAAUUAAUCACAAUCUCAUGAAAAAGAUUAUGAAUUAUUAGUUGAAUCUAUUAUUACAAUUAAUAAUGCAUCAAUUAAUAAAAUCUAAUUAAAAUUAACUAAAUUCAAUUCAGAUUAUAGAAAAUAUAUUACUUAAAUCAAAGAUUCUUUAUUAGAAAUUAUUUAAAUUUAAUAACCUAAAAUCACUCUUAAACCUAUUAAUAAUUAAAUAAAAUAAUCAGAAUCAUGUUUUGCUAUUGCCCUUAAUUAUACUGGAUAAAUUAUGAUUUCUGGUUGUUAUAAAGAUAUAAAAAUAUGGGAUUUUAAAGAUGGAUAGAUUUAAGAAAUUUAAAAAUUAUAAGAACACAAAUAAACAGUUAGUUGUUUACUAUUUAGUAAAAUAUAAAAUAGUUUCAUUUCUGGAUCUUAUGAUAAUACAAUCAGAUGUUGGAAACAAGUAAAUUAAUAAGAAUGGAAAAGUUAAUAAUCAUAUUAAGAACAUACUAACAGGAUUUUCUGUUUAUUAUUAUGUAAAAAUGAAAGUAUAUUAUUUUCUGGAAGUGAAGAUUAAUCAAUUAAAAUAUGGUAAGUUGAUUUUAAUAAUAAUAAUCUGAAUUACUCUUAUUCUUUAAUGAAACAUACUCAUAAUGUUUAUGGAUUAUCAUUAAAUGAAUCAGAGACCUUCUUAGUUUCUUGUGGUGAAGAUUAAUAAAUAAUAACUUGGAAGAAAUCAAAAAAAAAUAAAUGGGAGUUUUAUUAAAUUGUUAAAUAAUCAAUAAAUUAAUAAGGAUUAACUAUCUGUUUUAUUAAAGAGAAUCAAUUUAUUUGGAUAGGAGGAAAUAAAAAUGGAAAAGAUUGUCUAAAUUAUUUUGAAUUAAUUAAUGGAGAUUUUGUAGAAUAAAAAGAAAAAGAAUAACAGUUAAUAGUAUCAUCUGGAGUAGUGAAUUAUAAUUUAUUUCCAAUUGUUUUUAACAAAGAAAAGGAGAUUAUUUUAUUAAGACAUAAAUAUCAUGUUUAUUUCUUAACUAAAUAAAAUCAUGGUCGAUAUCGAAUUUCAACUAAAUUGAAAUUUGAAAGUAAUUUAAUAUAUGGAACUAUGACAAAUGAUGCUAAAUAUAUUAUUUUAUGGGUAAAGAACUAAUAGAAUUAUUUAGUUUAUUAAAUUGAGUAUCCAAUAACAUGA